UUCUUCCCUGUGCGGAGGCUCCCCAGCAGGCGUCGGGCAGGAGGACUUGCCGCGCCAGCGCCCCAGGAUGGGAAGAAACAAACACUUGUGCUCUACCUAGAAAUCCGUUUUCAGUGAAAGGAACUUGGCGACUGAUAGUCUCUCCAGGCAGUGUGUGGUCUAGAGCCGUCAGAUUCCCGGGUCCCAGCCAUCGCUUCAGCCAUGGCCCGAGUCAAUGUAUGGAACCGUCUCAAAUCCUGGUGGAAAAAAGAUGAUACGCCUCCGUUUCUAAAUGACACCAGCGCCUUUGACUUUUCCGACGAAGUAGGGGAUGAGGAUUUCCCUAGAUUUAAUAAACUUCGAGUUGUAGUUGCUGAUGAUGGCCUGGAGACCCCAGAAACUAUUAAUGGGACCCACUUGGCCUUCCAGGCAGAUGAUGAUUCCUUACUGGAUCAGGACUUACCUUUGCCCAACAGCCAGCUGGGUUUCAAAGUAGACCCUUGUGACAGCUGCCGGAAACAGAGAGAGUUGCUCAAACUGAAGAAGGUGAAAACCAGGCUUACUAUAGCUGGUGUUCUUUACCUGCUCUUCAUGAUUGGGGAGCUUGUGGGUGGCUAUAUUGCAAAUAGUCUAGCAAUCAUGACGGAUGCACUUCACAUGUUAACCGACCUCAGCGCUAUCAUACUUACCCUGCUGGCGUUGUGGCUCUCUGCAAAAUCUCCGACCAAAAGAUUCACCUUCGGAUUUCAUCGUUUAGAAGUCUUAUCAGCUAUUAUUAGUGUUCUCUUGGUCUAUAUACUUAUGGGAUUCCUCUUGUAUGAAGCAGUACAAAGAACCAUCCAUAUGAACUAUGAAAUUAAUGGAGAUAUAAUGCUCAUAACUGCAGCCAUUGGAGUUGCAGUUAAUGUAAUAAUGGGAUUUCUGUUGAAUCAGUCUGGUCACCAUCACUCCCAUUCCCACUCCCCUCCGCCAAACUCUCCUACCACAGGUCCUGGGCAUGGGCAUGGGCACAACCAAGGAAACGAUAGCCUUGCAGUGAGAGCAGCCUUUGUUCAUGCCCUGGGAGAUUUGGUGCAAAGUAUCGGGGUGCUGGUAGCUGCUUACAUCAUUCGAUUCAAGCCAGAAUACAAGAUCGCUGAUCCCAUCUGUACUUAUAUAUUCUCCCUGCUUGUGGCUUUCACAACAUUUCGAAUCAUUUGGGACACAAUAGUUAUUAUACUGGAAGGGGUGCCAAGUCAUUUGAAUAUAGACUUUAUCAAAGAAGCUUUGAUGAAAAUAGAAGAUGUUCAUUCAGUAGAAGAUAUAAAUCUUUGGUCUCUCACUUCAGGAAAAACUACUGCCAUCGUUCACUUACAGCUAGCACCUGGCAGUUCAUCCGAAUGGGAGGAAGUGCAGUCCAAAGCGAGGCACUUGCUGAUAAACACUUUUGGGAUCUAUAAAUGCUCCGUCCAGCUUCAGAGUUACCGGCGAGCAGCGAAUAAAACCUGCGGAGGUUGCCGUAGUGCCAGUGCCUAAUACCACGCUUUGGAAACUACAGCCUUAUUUAUCGUGCAAACACUAGAGAAGAGCAAUAAGUGACCGUAUGAAUGAGUGACUGGGAUCCCUGACCGCUCAGCCCCUAUCCAGAAGGAACUCCAUCCACAAGGACUCCAGCGCAGCCCUUUAGGAGAGCUUUGACCGGCUGUAGCCUGGGAGAAGUCAACAUUAAGUGAUCGUUUUACUAGGAUUUACAGACGGGGGUGUUACCAAAAUAUUGUUUACAGAAUGAGAUGUGACUCUGCAGAUACCUCAUAGACAAAGCUUAACGAUUCCCUUUGUUAACUGUAUCCUGUAGGAUGUAGGCUUUAAAAGAAGAAUCCAGAAUUUGAUACUUGCAUUUUUUUUUUAAAAGAAACUUUUAAAAGCCAAACUAUGUUGAGCAUCAAAAAAGGUUAAAGCACUGAGUUUUAAAAAUUACGUUGGCUCAAGUGGGAUAAGUUGGGGUCACUUAAAAAAAAAUCCUUGAGUUUUUAGGAAGUUCUGGAAAAUAUCAAGAAAUAGAAGCAAAUGUGUAUU